CAUGGGGCCUGUGGUCAUCGCUGGCGCCUGUGGGGACCGCGACCAGACGGCCGAGGAAAGGGCCAGAGACAGGGAUCCCAGCACUGGGGCGAGGAUCUACAGUCUGGAGCUGCUGCUGCUCUCCGGAAGUGAUCGAAGCACGAGAAGAUUCCUCAGCCAGAGCCGGUGUAGUAAACACACUUCAGAAACGUGAGGUGCCGGUGGUCACGUGGGGAGUGUGCUCGCCAAUGAGGAGCCGGGGGCGGGGCCGAGGCCGCUGACGCGUCGGCGGCGGCGGCGGCGGAAUCACCCGGGCAGCCUCGGGACUGGUCACCGGCCGGCAACCGUCCAGCGUCCUCGACCACCGCCUUCGUCCUCGUUCGUCUGUCCCGGGCCGCGAGGCAGAGUUCCUGACAGUGGCCGAAUCCUCUCUCAUUUCUCUGGGUGACUCACCUGCGCCGGGCCGUUUUCUCCUCGAGGGCAGCCUUGGUGGGGCGAGGCUUCCGUGACGAACCUUCUGGGGCCGCCUUUGCCUUCUCGGGCCGUCGUGGCGGCUCGCGCUCCUGGAACUUGCUCACCCCCGGAGGGGUCCCAGGCCCUCGAAGUUAUGCGUCUCCUCCAGGCAGUUGAGGCCUGCGCCGGGUGCUAAAGGGCGUCACACCCGGGCUGGGCAGCCUCCAUUCAUCUUCCAACUGCGCCUCCAGCGCCCUCUCCUUCGCACGUCCCCUCCUCGGAUUCAUUUUUUCCUGUCCCCCCUCUGCCGCCCUUUCUUACUCCUUGGGCUUGGCGAUUCUCCUGGAAGCGAAGGGGUCGGCUAUGAGCCGGACCUUGCUUGCUUGAAAUUCUCUCUGGAGGAACUCGGCGCUGACCCGCUGGCCGCCGGGAUGGGGGUGAACGCCGUGCACUGGUUCCGAAAGGGGCUCCGGCUGCACGACAACCCCGCCCUGAAGGAGUGCAUUCAGGGCGCCGACACCAUCCGCUGCGUCUACAUCCUCGACCCCUGGUUCGCCGGCUCGUCUAACGUGGGGAUCAACAGGUGGCGAUUUUUGCUUCAGUGUCUUGAGGAUCUUGAUGCUAAUCUGCGAAAAUUAAACUCUCGUUUGUUUGUGAUUCGUGGACAACCAGCAGAUGUGUUUCCCAGGCUUUUCAAGGAAUGGGACAUUACUAAACUUUCAAUUGAGUAUGAUUCUGAGCCCUUUGGAAAGGAACGAGAUGCAGCCAUUAAGAAACUGGCUACAGAAGCUGGAGUAGAGGUCAUUGUACGAAUUUCACAUACAUUAUAUGACCUGGACAAGAUCAUAGAACUCAAUGGUGGACAGCCGCCUCUAACUUAUAAAAGAUUCCAGACUCUCAUCAGCAAAAUGGAACCACUAGAGAUACCAGUAGAGACAAUUACUUCAGAAGUAAUAGGAAAGUGCACGACUCCUCUGUCUGAUGACCAUGAUGAGAAAUAUGGAGUCCCGUCACUAGAAGAACUUGGUUUUGAUACAGAUGGCUUACCCUCUGCAGUGUGGCCAGGUGGAGAAACUGAAGCACUUACACGUUUGGAAAGGCAUUUGGAAAGAAAAGCUUGGGUGGCAAACUUUGAAAGACCUCGUAUGAAUGCAAAUUCCCUGCUUGCAAGUCCUACUGGACUCAGUCCUUAUCUCCGAUUUGGUUGUUUGUCAUGUCGAUUAUUUUACUUCAAAUUAACAGAUCUCUACAAAAAGGUAAAGAAGAACAGUUCCCCUCCCCUUUCUCUUUAUGGGCAGCUAUUAUGGCGUGAAUUUUUCUACACAGCAGCAACAAAUAAUCCACGCUUUGAUAAAAUGGAAGGAAACCCUAUCUGUGUUCAGAUUCCUUGGGAUAAGAAUCCUGAGGCAUUAGCCAAAUGGGCAGAAGGCCGAACAGGUUUUCCCUGGAUUGAUGCCAUUAUGACACAACUUCGUCAAGAGGGUUGGAUUCACCAUUUAGCCAGACAUGCAGUUGCUUGCUUCUUGACACGAGGUGACCUGUGGAUUAGUUGGGAAGAAGGAAUGAAGGUAUUUGAAGAAUUACUCCUUGAUGCAGAUUGGAGCAUAAAUGCUGGAAGUUGGAUGUGGCUGUCUUGUAGUUCCUUUUUCCAACAGUUUUUUCACUGCUACUGUCCUGUUGGUUUUGGUAGAAGAACAGAUCCCAAUGGAGACUAUAUCAGGCGUUAUUUGCCUGUCCUGAGAGGCUUCCCUGCAAAAUAUAUCUAUGAUCCCUGGAAUGCACCAGAAGGUAUCCAGAAGGUAGCCAAAUGUUUGAUAGGAGUUAAUUACCCUAAACCAAUGGUGAACCAUGCUGAGGCAAGCCGUUUGAAUAUUGAAAGGAUGAAGCAAAUAUAUCAGCAGCUUUCACGAUACAGAGGACUAGGUCUUCUUGCAUCAGUGCCUUCUAAUCCUAAUGGAAAUGGAGGUCUCAUGGGCUAUUCUCCAGGAGAAAACACCCCAGGUUGUAACAGCAGUGGAAGUUGUUCCCAAGGGAGUGGUAUUUUACAUUAUGUGCAUGGAGACAGCCUUUUAAAGCAAGAAGUCCCACAGGCACUGGCGUCAGCAGUGGGAAGCGUCCUAGUCAAGAUGAGGAGACACAGACCCUGGGUCCCAAAGUCCAGCGGCAGAGCACUAAUUAGAAAACAUUCAGGAGGAAUACCGACGCAGCUGAAACUGGUGGGGAGUUCAGUGCUUUUUCAGUUUAAUUAUUUUAAAAUGUUCAUUGAUGGAAACCAGUUACAUUGAAAUGCAUUGUUUCUAAUGACAAUUCUGUGGUUUUUAACUUUUUAAUGGAUUUCACAUAGGACAAAUGGUGAUUUGUAUAUAAGGAACUUAGUAAAAGAAUUUGGUUAAUGUAAAUAUAAAUAGUCACAAUUAGUAUAGACUCAUCAAUAUAUUUUUGAUAAUUUUUCAUGUAUGGCAAAAGUUAAAGUUGCAAACUGAUAUUCUGAUAUAAAAUCAUAGUUUUGUGAGUCAAUGUAGGAAAAUAGUUGGUUUUUAGACUUUCUUAAAAGACUGUCAAAAUUUUAGGACAGAAUUUUCUUGACAUCAUUGUUUGAUCUAACUUUGCACCCUUUGAUAAUAACAUAUUAGAAAACAUAUGUAAUCAAAAUUGGUAGUUGUAGCCUCUGUUGACAUAGACUGUGUUUUAAAGCUUCAUAUAUGCUUAUUUUAACCCAGACUUGUAAAAAUAAUCACGUGUUAAGUUCUUGUCUCUGUUUGUUUGUUUACGGCUAAAGUGACCUUGUUAUUAAAGUAUGUACAAAUAUGGAAUCUUUGUGUAUUUGGUAGUGGUUUAUCUUUUCUUUCUUGGUUUGUUUUUUGGGAAAUGGAAGAGCAUUGAUUGGUAUGUGAGAUGUAAUUAUAAAUUACAGAAACAGAUUGUGUAAACCACAAGUCACUACUCUGAAUGAAGGAAUAACACGUUGCCAUUGAGUCGGUUCCGACUCAUAGUGACCCUGUGGGACAGAGUAGAACUGCUCUGUAGGGUUUCCAAGGAGUGGCUGUGUAGAUUCAAACUGCCGACCUUUUGGUUAGCAGCUGAGCUCUUAACCACUGUGCCACCAGGGCUCUGAAUGAAGGAAUAGCUAUGAUGUAUUUAGAAAAACUGUAUUUUUCAAAAUUACUCCAAAUAAGAAUAUUGUCUUCCAAAUACUUUUUACUUUUUUAAUGUAAAAUUUUCUGGAAGAGAGAUUUAAAUCCAGUGAUAUUUUCAAGUGACAGGGCUCGUACUGUGAGUUAGGCAGUACAAUAUAACAGUUAAGAAUAUGGGCUCUAGAGUCAAAUACCUAGCUCUGCCACCCAUUAGCUUUAAGAUCUUGGGCAAAUUCUUAACUUUCUGUGCCUUCCUGUUUCUCAUCUGUAAAAUGCUGAUGAGAGUAGACCCUGUUUCUUAGUACAGGUCUGUGUAAAGUGCCUAUAACAGUGCCUGGCAUGUGGAAGGGUACUUGAUAAAUGUUAGCUCCCGGACCACCAAGUUGCACAGCUCCCCAGAUUGUGCAGUACACAGUCUGUGUAGCUGUAUGUAGCAGCUCUGAUUAGGUGCCAUUAUUGUUACUACUAAUAUUAUUACCCCAUUACUACUGUCUUGGCAUUCUAGAUUAUAGCCAGUGGCUUUUUGUUUUUCCAUCUCCACUGAUAACAGAUAUUCAGUGUGACAUUUGUAUUUAAAUUAACUGUUAAGAUGAACUUGAGUCAAAAAUUCAGAAAUGGUAACAUUAGAUGAUACACAUUUUUUUAGACAUACUGGAUAAUGAAUUAACAAUGAUCAAUAGAUUCCAUUACUGAGAAAAGAAAAAACUGUGCCUUAUCUUUUUUCACCACUGUUAAUAAGAAGUAAUACUUUGUUUUUCAUAAUAUUUACAAUUGACAUCCUAUUCUUUCAACCUGAUUAUAAUGUACAGACUUGAAAAAUUGAUAGGCCUGGGAUUUAUCAUCCCCAUGGGGUGGGGGGAAGGUUCAGUUAUAGAGUCAAUAAAUAAGCAUUUUAAUAAAAAUCAUUUCAGGAUAGGCACUGCUAUGUUACUUACAAGUGUGUAGUGUUUUUGUUUUUUUAAGCUUUUUUUAGUUUGGUCUAAAAUAUGGUGAAGAAGCCGCACUAAAAGGGAAAGAGAGAAAUCAAUUAAGCAGAUACAGUAUGUUUGAAUACAGUAUUCUCACCAUCUCUAGAAAGGCUAGUGUCCUAAAAACCCUCCAGGGUAGGAGAAUCGAUGGUUAAAGGAUUUGAGACCUUUUAUUCGUUCAGCAAACACUUCUUGAACUCUUACCAAAAACUGUGCUGAGUAACUUCGAAAACCUGAGGAAAUCAGUUGAAUGGACCUAUGAAAAGUCCGUAAGUUUUUCAUGUUCACUUAAAUAGUAAAUUUGGGAUAUAAAAGACAAUGAUAUUAGUAUCAUUUUUAAUACAUCUUACAUACUGGAAACAUUAGGGUUUUCCCACAGCUUCAAACAUAUGUUUGUAAUUUUUUAAAUUUCUUGUAGAUAAUGUGCAUAAUGGUAGUUUCUUUCCCCCAUUUCUCCAUCCACAAAAGUUUUUUCUGAUUGUAUGGUUCUAGCAAUGUACUACUGUUUAAAUACCUGGGAUGGAAAAAAACAGAGAGUAGCAUUUAUUUAAUACAAUUGGCAUAGCUGAGUUGGUCAGUUUCCGGUUUUGAUUAUGUGACCCAAUUGGGGUUCAUGCCCUGGAACAGUCAAGCCCAUGAAACGUACUCCAAGUCAGAAAAAGAGAGAAGGUUUAUUAGGAGGUGACACCAGCGGGCAGUCUGGCAGCAACACAGGCUGUCUUUAUGGAGUCCCAAAAGGCAUUCUAUAUAAGAGUAUAUAUAUUGUUUUGGCAAGGAUUACAUAGUGUCUUCACAUACUUAGCCCACAGAUGGUUGGAUGAGUAUACAUCACAAGGCAAUUACAAGAAACCCUCUAUUAGACUAAAGAUAUGCAUGCCAGACAUCUGGACUCUAAUCUGUAUUUUUGUAACAGGCAAAAAAAACUUACAUAAAAAUCUCUUGGCUAGUGGAACUGGCCUGCCAAGUUUACUCUGACCAAGAUAAGGAGCAAGAAAGAGAGAAUGUUAUAGACCCAAGCCCUGGACAGCCUUCCUAGAUGCUGACUUGCAAGCUGAAGGCCAUCUCCCAAGAGAACAAAGAAAAGGAGGGAGACCAAAGCUGCAAGAGCCAAGAAGGCCCCACACCCGUUUGGAAAGAGACCAUUACAGCUGCUGUAAUAAAAAAGGACAUUGAAAGUGAGAGCCUACAAAAUACCAAGCAAAAAAACUUAUAGGUUACUUAGAGUAUCAUCAUGGCGUUAGUUACGUCAAGCUCUCAAUUGCCCGUUUUGAAAAGGAGAAAACAUGCUGCGAGGUAUUAGGGUCACAAUUACAAUGCACAGGGUCAUAUGUAGUUGUCAUUCCUCAAGUGGUUAUCUGGAGCCCUGGUACAGGCUCUCUAGUGCACGUCCCUGCUCCCCUCCCUCCUAAUCACUGUGGCAGCACCUCUGAGGCCUGAAUUUACAUUCCCUGACAUCCAUCUCUUUUCUGUAUCCUCCUCCUACUUCACUUUUCUUAAAUGGCAAGUGACACACUUUGGUUAGUCCCCAAAUUCUUGUAUUUUAGGAAAAAGCCUGUUUUAAGCCCAUAAAUAAUAGAUUGUUUUUAUAAGGGUGACUUCAUAGAAGGAUAAGGGUUACUGGACUGGAACCCACCUGCCCUGUGUAUUAACUGUUCAAUUAAUUAUAGAUAUCCUGGAGGAUGAGUUGAUCUUGAGAUGAAGAGCCAGGAUUCCUGCUGCUAUUCUUGGCAGUUAAAGUGCGAGUGUCGUUCCAUUCUCAACAAAGCCUGUUGAGCACAAGCUGGGUAGAAUAGUCAAAGGUUUGGUUAACAUUUCCUGAGUCCCUACUGUGUGCCAGGCAUUGUGCAUAGCAAAAUAAAUUAAGCAGUAUCUACAAGGAGCUCACCUCAGAAGGUGAGAGGGAAGUCUAGAAGCAUUACAGUGCUGUGUGUUAAGGGUCAUGUUAGAAAUGUACUGUGAACACCCAAAGGAAGGGACCACUAUACUAGCCUGUGUAAACCACAGCCUUCCUUAUUCCAACCCACACACAAAACACAGGGCAGCCAGGCCAGGGUCAGGGCACCUUGUCCUUGGAAAACAGAACUCUAGUUGUGAUUAAUCAUGUUAUUUGUUGCCUUUCUCCCCAGCCAAGUGCCAUGAGGGCAGGGAACGUAUCUUAUUCUCCAUAGUCUCCUCCACUGUUGUCUUCUCAUUGCUGCUUCUCAUGCUUGGCACUUAAUAGGCAUGCCAUUAAUAUUUGUUGAUUGGAUGGAUAAAAAUAAAUGAGAGACAUUGACCCUGGCUUUCAGGAGAAAUUAACUGGUGUUUAUUUUCUGAGGUAGGGCAUCACAGGUAAUAAUUGAAAUAUAAACAGUUUAGUGGUGCAACAGUUAAGUGUUUGGCUGGCUGCUAACAGAAGGAUCCUUGGUAGGAACCCACCAGCUUCUUCCCAGGAGGAGAGACCUGGCUAUCUGUUCCUGUGGAGCUCUGGUGGCGCCGUGGUUAAGCAUUGGGCUGCUAACCAAAAGGUAGGCAGUUAGAAUCCACCAGCCGCACCAGACAGUUCUACUCAGUCCUAUAGGGUCGCUAUGAGUCAGAAUCGACUCGAUGGCAAGUUUGGUUUUUUGUUUGAUCUGCUCUGGUAAAGACUCAUCGUCGCAGGUGGAUUCCAACUCAGCGACCCUAUCUAUAGGACAGAGUAGAAUUGCCCCCAUAGGGUUUGCUAGUCUGUAAUCUUUACGGGAGCAGAUCGCGGAGCUAUUUACUCAGAGCGGCUGGUGGAUUCAACCGCCAACCUGUGAGUCGGGUUCAUUGUUUAUCAGAAAAGACAGGAUGACACACCCACAAAAGUGAAAGCGGCAAGGAGGGGAAAAGAGAGAGAAGCUUUUAAAGGCGAAGCAGACAUUGUCGCUGACGGCUGGGGGUGGGAAGGAGGGUUGCUGCCUGUAUUCCAAAGAAGUUUUGUUUUUCACUGCAUUUUUUUUUGUAAAUUUGGUCUUAAAAAACCCAAAAACCCAGUGCCUCUUGGUUUAUUUUGGGAAUUCUGAAUGACUGUAUGUUAAAGGGUUUCUCAGUUCCUUCUAGCUUUUCCUGACGGGCUUGUGACAUUCCCCGAGGGGCAGAGACUGGAACUCCACGUUGCCUAAAACGCUGGGAAGGAAAGAAUGAGGGAUUGCUAGGGGCACUCAGUGCGGACACUAAAGGCUGCUUUCUGGAAAGCCGAUUCCCACGCUGGCUCGCCUCCUUCGCCCAGCCCUGCCACGUCCCCGCGGCGUCGAAGGUCAUGUCCCCUGUGUCCUGUGCCCUGAUUG